UUUGCAAUGGUGCCGUGAAAAAGAAUACUUUGUUUUUUUCAAUGCAAUUGUUUCAAACAAUAUGUGGUCAAUACUCCUACAUAGAAACAAUUAAUGAUCCUCCAAUUGCCCACUUGUAGAGGGUAACGGGCAACGGACCCAACUCUCGCUCACUCAGACCACACACAAACACUUCUCUCUCUGAUGGGUUCGCUGGGAAACGAAAACGACGAGCCACUAACACCGGCCGGCAGGCUCUUCCUCCGGCCCGAAAUGAACCAAGUAAUAUACUGCGCUAUGGGGUUGAAGUACCCAAUCGACGUGGAGUCCGUGAAGUCCCAGGUGCGUAGCUCGGUCAUGCUGACUCACCCACGGUUCUGCAGCCUCAUGGUCCGCGACCGCACUGGCCGAGAGCGCUGGCGCCGGACCCACAUCGACUUGGACAGCCAUUUCAUCGUCCUGGACCGUCCCGUGUCUGACCAGGACGACGACGAGUCCGCGGUGAACCAGUACUUGGCCGACUUGUCGACCAGCUCGGGGCUCAGCUACGACAAGCCGUUGUGGGAGAUCCACCUCUUGCUGGCCCACAAAUGCGCGAUCUUCCGCGCUCACCACGCGUUGGGAGAUGGGGUCUCGCUGAUGUCGAUGCUCUUGGCGUGCUGCAGGAGGGAGGAAGAUGCGGACGCGCUGCCCAGGAUAGGGUCUCUUGGGAGCCGGAGGAACAGUGAGGGAGGGAACCGGAGGGGUUGGUGGCAGUGGGGGAAGGUUUUGUGGGGGUUUCUGAUGAUGUCUUGCUUCACUUUGGUGUUUGUGGUGGAGUUUGUGUUGAGGGUUUUGUGGCUUCGUGACAGGGAAACGGCUAUAAGCGGUGGGGCGGGGGUGGAGCUCUGGCCGAGGAUGCUGGCCACGGCCAGCUUUUGGCUCGAGGACAUGAAGGUGGUCAAGAAGGCUGUUCCUAGUGCGACCAUUAAUGACGUUCUCUUUGGGGUGAUAUCAUCAGGAUUAUCAAGAUAUCUUGAUCACCGAAGAUCAAAUGCUCUGCAAGAAGGGCUUCGAUUGACGGGGGUGGCCAUGGUUAAUUUAAGAGAACAAUCAGGAUUGCAGGAUCUAUCAGAUUUGAUGAAAGACAAGUCAGGAUCACGGUGGGGUAACAAAUUUGGCAUGAUUCUCCUGCCUGUUUAUUACCAUAAGAGUGGUUCUGAUCCUUUACAGUAUCUGAAGAGAGCUAAGGUGAUGAUUGAUCAGAAGAAACAAUCUGUAGAGGCUCAUUUCUCUUACAAAAUUGGGUAUUUUGUAAUGUCCUCCUUGGGAUCAAAGGCUGCUGGCUUUCUUAACUACAGGAUUAUUUGUAAUACUAGCUUUACAAUCUCUAACGUGGUUGGCCCACAAGAGAAGCUCACAGUUGGAACCAACCCUAUAACUUACAUGAGGGUGAAUUCAUCGAGCCUACCCCAUGCACUCACAAUGCACAUGGUGAGCUAUGCAGGAAGGGCUGACAUGCAAAUUUUGGUGGCCAAAAAUAUCAUUCCUGACCCAGAAUUUCUUGCCAAGUGCUUUGAAGAGGCCUUGCUUGAAAUGAAGGAAGCGGCUGUAGCCACAAACAAAAUCUACGAGGAACCUGUUUGUUCUUGAUAGAGAUCCCGGUUGUUUGCCUACCUGAUUGGAUCCAAUGAAGAAAGUUGAAGGGAAGAAUCGGAAAAAGGAAAAUGUCUAAGAAAAAUCACUGUUCACACGUUCAAAUAAAUUGGCUACUGUUCCGAGGCCUUCACCGCUUCUAGUACUACUCUAAAGUAAAGAUAUAUAUUGUACUUUGACUGGUCAAGAAUAAUUUAAUACAGUUUGGUCGAUUAUACUCACAA